AUGUCCAAUAAUAAUCAAGAAGAAGACAUAGCCGGAGAUUUUCGACAACCCACAGGUCUGAACCUCCAAAUGCAAGCAUUGUUAGGGGAGAUGAGGCGUAUGAUGAGGGCUGAAUUGGAACCUAUUCAUGAGAGGUUGGACAGGGUAGAAGCGGGAACUCCUAGGGAACAGCAACAGGACAACCCCAAUAGGCAACAAGGUGGGCGUGUUCCGUGGCGGAAUGUUGAGGAAGAGGCUGAGUCAGAGGAGUUUGAUGAGCCAUAUUUGAACCAGGGCAGGUUUGAGUCACGUAUGGGAAUAGAGAAGCUAGGAUGGAGGAGGAAUAGAGAGCCACCCGUGGACACUUGGGAGGAGAUGAAAAUUCUUAUGAGGAAGCGUUUUGUACCCAGCCACUAUUAUAGGAGAUUGUAUCAAAAGUUGCAGAGGUUAAAUCAAGGUUCCAAGAGUGUGGAUGAGUAUUACAAGGAGAUGGAGGUAGCUAUGAUCCGGGCUAAUGUAGAAGAGGACAGGGAAGCCACCAUGGCUAGGCUUUUGCAUGGUUUAAAUCGAGAGAUUGCAAAUAUAGUUGAGUUGCAGCACUAUGUUGAGCUGACGGAUAUGGUGCUUCAAGCCAUAAAGGUGGAGGAACAACUCAAACGGAAGGGAUUGGCUAGGAGGGGACAACCUAUGGCUACCACCAGCCUAUGGAAGACAACUCCAAAAAGGGACGAGCUGCUACAAAAUAAUCCAAAAUUUGAACUCUCGAAUGCCAAGCCAACGACCGCCACUACUUUAGGAGAGCUUGAGUCAGAGAAUGAGGAAGAAGUAGAUGAUGAUGCCAUGCCACCUUUGGAGGAUGCUGAUGAUGAGCAAAAUGCUGUGGUUGGAGAUUUAUUGGCAGCAAGGCGAGUUCUCAAUGUGCAGAUUAAGGAGGAAGAAAGUAACCAAAGGGAGAACUUAUUUCAUACUUGGUGCUUUGUAAAUAACAAAGUUUGUAGUGUCAUUAUCGAUGGAGGGAAUUGUACAAAUGUAGCCAGCACUUAUUUGGUGGAGAAAUUGGCCUUAACCACUUUGAAACAUCCUCACCCUUACCGGCUUCAGUGGCUGAAUGAUUGUGGCGAAAUCAAGGUGACAAGGCAAGCGUUGGUGGCGUUAUCCAUUGGCAAAUAUGAGGAUGAGGAGUUUGAAGAUGUCCUUCCCGAAGAGGUACCUUAUGGCUUACCUCCAAUUCGAGGGAUUGAACAUCAAAUUGAUUUUAUACUCGGUGCAUCCAUUCCAAACCGACCUGCUUAUAGGAGCAAUCCUGAGGAGACCAAGGAGCUUCAGAGGCAAGUAGAUGAAUUAUUGGAGAAGGGGUAUGUGCGUGAAAGCAUGAGUCCUUGUGCUGUUCCGGUGCUAUUAGUUCCUAAGAAGGAUGGAACAUGGAGGAUAUUAGAUGAUAUGUUGGAUGAAUUGCAUGGUUCUUGUGUCUUUACAAAAAUUGAUCUUAAGAGUGGAUAUCAUCAAAUUAGGAUGAAGGAAGGUGAUGAGUGGAAAACUACUUUUAAGACUAAAUAUGGUUUGUAUGAGUGUAAGAUCGAAAUUGAGGUGGACGAGGAAAAGGUGAAGGCAAUUCAAGAGUGGCCAAUGCCUACAACAAUCAGCCAAGUGAGGAGUUUCCAUGGCUUAGCUAGCUUCUAUAGAUGGUUUGUGCGUGAUUUUAGUAGCUUAGUCGCCCCUCUUAUUGAAGUCAUCAAGAAAAAUGUGCAGUUUAAGUGGGGGAAAGAACAAGAAAAGGCAUUUAAUCUGAUCAAAGAAAAGUUAACUAAUGCACCUUUGCUUGUUUUACCUAACUUUGCUAAAACUUUUGAAAUUGAGUGUGAUGCUUCAGGAAUAGGUAUUGGAGCUGUUUUGAUGCAAGAAGGGCGUCCAAUUGCUUAUUUCAGUGAAAAGUUGAAUGGGGCAGCCCUAAAUUAUCCCACUUAUGAUAAGGAGAUGUAUGCCUUGGUAAGGGCUUUGGAAAAUUGGCAGCACUAUCUAUGGCCAAAGGAAUUCGUGAUUCACACAGAUCAUGAAUCUUUGAAGCAUUUGAAAGGACAGCAAAGGUUGAACAAAUGCCAUGCCAAGUGGGUGGAAUUCAUUGAAAUAUUUCCUUACGUGAUCAGAUACAAGCAAGGUAAGGAAAAUGUGGUGGCUGAUGCAUUGUCCCGCAGGUAUGCUUUACUUUCCAUUCUAGAUACAAAAUUGCUUGGCAUUGAAUACAUUAAGGAUUUGUAUGCACAAGAUUCUGAUUUUGGUGAUGUGUUCAAUGCAUGUGAAAAGUGGCGUUUGGUUUACCUAGGAUUGAGGGGGAGAGAUUCAGUUUUUGUGGUGGUAGAUCGAUUUUCCAAGAUGGCACACUUCAUUGCAUGUCAUCAAAACUGA